AUGAGAUUUGGUUGUUUUGCCAUUACUUUAGUAAGUCUUGUCACGCUUUGGCUCGGACCAAGUGCGGCUGACGUCGUCACUUUUAUUUGGCGUGUUACACCUCUCACGCACGAAUACGACGGCGUACGUAUCCAGUCAUUUGGGAUUAACAACAAGCCUGCUGACCAAGCCGUCAUCGACGUGGUGCUCGGUCAAGAAGUUGAAGUUCGUGUCACCAACGAGCUGGAUGAGCCAACCUGCUUGCACUGGCACGGUUUGAAGCAACUUGGCACUCAAGAAAUGGACGGUGUGUCCGAAAUCACCCAGUGUCAUAUUAACCCAAACUGCACAGCAUUGUCCACUCCCCCCAAAGAUGAACGACAGGAGUGGGAAAAGGAGAUUAAUGGCGAGCUGAUCAUUCAACUGGCAGACCUUUACCAUCGAUUGCCGCUGCCUACGCGUAUGUGGGAUAACAUCCUCAUCAACAAUCGUGGGCGUUACAAUUGCGCAGCUGCAGCUCACCACAACUUCACCGACUGCACCGCAGUCCAACCACUCUCAAAAUUCUGCUUUCAAACUGGAAACAAGUACUUGUUACGGCUUAUCAAUAUGGCUGCGCUGUCUCCGAUUGUAUUCAGUAUCGACGGUCAUGCAUUUCGGGUCGUUGCAGCUGAUGGUGACCACCUUCAGCCUUCAAAUCUCAUCAACUCAAUUCGUCUUAACGCCGGCCAGCGCUACGAUAUCAUAGUUGAAGCUUCAUUAAACUCUGGGUCAUUCUGGAUGCGAGCUAAUGGACUUCAUGGACUUCCGUGGACGAGAGGAACUGCUGAGACCGCUGGCGAGGGAUAUACUUACGAAGGCCUUGCGAUCGUUACCUAUGGCUUUGAGAACGAAAACGAGCCGACGUCGACAAAGGCGAUAAACCCUGUGACUGUAGAAGAGUUCGACUUCAUGCCUCUUAUACCCGUGGCGCUUCCUGAGUCACCUUCAGAUCGCGCUGUCCUCCAGUUCAAGAUGCAGGAUGGUCUCGGCCACUUUUCCAUUGACGGUAAUAUGUUCCUGCACUUCGUUAUUCCGGAGGAACCUCCGCUUUUUACGAUUGCCGGUGGCCAGAAGACUGAGCAGCUGGCGGCCAACGCCAAUGCGCGCAAGAUCAAUUUCGGCGAGCACGUCGAGGUGGUACUGGUCAAUGUGAAGGACGAGCAGCACCCGUUUCACAUGCACUCACACUCUCCGUGGGUUGUCGGCAGUGGCGUCGCAUCAAUCGACCAGAUCCAAAACAAUCAGCUGCCUCCGCUUAAGUUAUUAAACCCGAUGACGCGCGACGUCUAUACCGUUCCGGCGUGUACCUCUGACGGCAAUAAGGGCUGCUUAGACGCUGGAUACGUUGUGCUACGCUUCACUGCUGACAAUCCAGGUGUGUGGGUCUUACACUGUCACAUCGACUGGCAUCUGGAGGCAGGUUUGAGUAUGAUGCUAGUAGAAGGUGAAGAAGAGCUGCAGCAGAAAGGCGUCAGUUACUACUCUAACAGCAUGCUCAGUGUUUGUGGUAGCAACAGUAGAUUCUCUCAUGACGGUAAGAUAAAACACUCGAUGUAA